AUGUCAUCUAACAAUCAAUUAGAAAUAGCUCCCCCAUUAAUUACAUCAGAUCAGGUAGAUAAUACUUUGAAAGAAAAUGAUGUAAAAACAAUUCGUGGCACAUUAAUUAGUCAGGUUGAAGCAAACCGACAAAAAAGUAAACGAUUAAAACAAUUAGUUGAAGAACGUCGGGCAACGGUGGAUGGAAGGCAUUUAUACAUAAUUCAAACGUUAGCCCAAGCUAUACGACUUGAAGUUCAAUUAAUCACUGAUACCUUAUUAAUGGACGAUAAAUGGUCCGAAUUCGAUGAAUUCUUUCAAGCUAAAGGAAGUAAACGAUUAUUAUUCUAUUAUCAGGAAGCUGUUGGACAAACAAGAAAAAGAAUAUUUAUUGCUACUGGGACUCAUGAAGUACUACGUGGUACAUGUUUUAUCUUUCUACGAAUUACUGACAAGGCUAUUACAACAGCAAAUAUUGGUACAGAAGUUUCAUUUCAACAAUUAGAUGCAACAGAAGGACGUUUAUUUGAAUCUGUACAAAAUUAUUUGGAAAAACUCGCAUUACCAGUAUUCGAAGGAUUAGGUGAAUCUGAUACAAUUGAAAAAUCACUAUCAGAAACAAUAAAUAUGGAAGAAUUUGUUGCGGUACUCAGAAGAUAUUUAGAUGCACUUUCAAGUGCUAGAGAGAAUAUGAGUGAUAAAUUGGACUUGACGGCCGGACAAGAAUCAGAAACGGCUAUACAAAUAAUCAAUACAAAUGAAAUUGAAAAUAUUAUUGAUAGUUCUGAAACAAUGGAUCGUUUAAUUCGCUUAGUUGAGAAAUGGGUUAAUCAAAUUGAACAAAUAUUAAACCAGUCUGAUCAGGUUCGUAGAGAAUCGGAUGACGUUGGACCUUCGGCUGAAUUGACCUAUUGGAGAGCUCGUUUAGUUCGUUUCACUAACUUAAUUGAAGAAAUGCGUAAUCCAAGUAUUCAAGCAAUUAUUUCUACUUUACACUAUGCGAAAGCACGUGUAAUCAAACAUUGGCGUCAACUGGACGAUCGCAUCAUUAAUGGAGUUAAUGAAGCAAAAGAUAAUCUUAAAUAUCUGUUUACACUGGAUAACUUUUUCGGUUCAUUUUCCAAUACAAAUCCAUCUAAAAUACGUCAACAAUUACCAGUUCUACUCAAUGCUAUUCGUAUGAUUUACAGUAUCUCUGAAUAUUAUAAUAAUUCAGAAAGAAUGACUUCAUUAUUUAUUAAAAUAACAAAUCAAAUGGUUGUUGCAUGUAGAAAGUAUGUAACAGAUGGUGUUAGUCGAAUAUGGGAUUUACCACGAAAUACUUUACUUGAUCGAAUCAAUGAAUGUAUUCAAUUGAAUGUUGAAUAUCAAGAGAAUUUCCGUAAAGUUCGACAUAGACUUCAAGAAAAUCCAUCCGGUAGACAAUUCGAUUUCAGUGAAAAUUAUAUAUUUGGCAAAUUUGAUGUGUACACAUCAAGACUAAAGAAAAUUUUAAUAAUUCUAGAAAAUAUAGAUAAUUUUAAUGUAUUAUUGGAUUUUAAAGCUGAAGGAAUUGAUCCAAUUGUUGUACGAUAUAAAACAUUUUAUGAUAAUUUACAUAAAAGAAAUUUCGAUGGAGCUGAUCAAAUUAAACGUGAUUUUGAUAGGGACUUGGAUGAAUACAAAAGUCAAUUUGACACAAUAGCACAACAACUUCGCGAUUUCCUUGAUGCAUGGUUUAAACAACCUGCGCCUGUUGAACGUCAAUUAAGAAUUUUAGAAAAAUUCGAACAAAUUAAAUGUUGUCAGUUAGAUUUGUCAGCUAAAUAUGAAUUAGUUAUAAAGAAUUAUGCUAAUGAAUUAGAAAUGGUUCGUCAAUUAUAUGAAAAACAAAAAAAUGAUCCACCAAUAGCUAGAAAUAUGACUUCGAUAGCUGGUAAAAUGUUUUGGGCACGUCAUUUAUAUAAACAAAUUGAAAUACCAAUGGAACGAUUUAAAGAAAAAUGUCCAGAUGUAUUAUGGGGACAUGAAGGUCAGAAAUGUGUGAAAAAUUUUAAUCGUAUUGCAGAAGCUCUAGUUCAAUUUGAAUUAAUCUAUUAUCAUCAUUGGUGUCAAACUAUUGAAAAUGUACAUUCUAGUUUAUCAUCAUCAUUAAUUGUACGUGAUCCUGAUACAGAACGUUAUUAUGUAAACUUCGAUUUGGCAAUAUUAGAACUGGUUCAUGAAGCUCGUUAUAUUUCAAGUUUAGGUUUUAAUAUACCAUCAGUAGCUAGUCGUUUAUUAAUUCAAGAAAUCAUGCUUAAACAAAGACAUAAUAUCUUACAAGAACUACUAAAUGCAAUUGAAGAGACUUGGGCAUCCGUUCCGAAUGUACUGUUACCUUUAUUUCAACCAUUCCGUGAUAAAUUAUGUCAAGCUCUAAAUGCCGGUAUCUGUCAACUCAACUGGAAUUCUACUAGUAUAGAUGAUUUUGUCAAGAAAGUUUCUCAUGAGCUUGAGAGUUUAAAACUUCUGAUAAAACGUACUAGUGAUAUAUUAAACUGUCGUAUCGAAGAUGUUUUUGAAGAAAUGGCUGAAACAAAUUUGUGUGAUUUACCAGAUGAUGAUCAAGUUACAUUAGAUCAAUUUAUUCAAAUAACUGAAACAACUGUGGCAAAUGCUGCUGAAAAUCUAUCCAUUAAAAGUCAUCUUAUAGAAAUGGCAGUUAAUGAAAUGUUGGAUUUAAUUAAAACAGAUCUAGAUGAGAAUCAGUUAAAAAAUUUAAGUUCAGAACAAGGUUAUGAAUGUAUAUCACAGGACAGACGUAGAGGAAGAUGUCUUGAAUGUAAACCAUGCAUAUAUUUUACAUUUUUAAAUCAAUUCACUCAACGUAAUACAGAAGCAUUAGUAAAAUGCACUCGAAAUACAUUAGAUUCGUUAAAAUUACGAAUUCAACCAAUAACAUUAAAGUUUCAUCAAGAGCAUGCAACUGAAAAAGAAGGGCGAAAAACACCAUUGUUUAAAGUCAAUCUCAUUUUAUCCAUACCAAAUGUUGUAAUGCAGCCGUCGCUGGAUGAAUUACAAACUGGUUUACAUAAAUCAAUGUCAAUUAUAUUAAAAAUGACACAGAAUGUUCAACCAUGGCAACAUAUGAUACUUACACAGAAACAACAACAAAAGGAACUUGACCAGUUAGCUGAAUUGCAAGGAGAAGAAGCUAAACUGUCUUCUUCACCGAUAAAACCAUUACAUCGUAUUAUCGCCGAACAUAAAGAUGUAGUUAAAAUUUCAAUUCAAUUAAAUACGAUAUUUAAUGCAUUUAAAGAAGAAAUCCAAAAAGUCUCCAAUACAUACAAUGAAUUCUCAGAUUUGUGGACGACAGAUCCUCAAACUGUUGUUUCAGAGUUCAUGAAGACUGAACCAAUUUUAUCAGAAAUUAAUGGACAAAUGAAUUACUAUUCUAAAAUGGAAAAGUUAAUUGAAUUAAUUCCAUCAUCAACUCAAGUUGGUUCACUAGUCUUUAAAAGUAAUGACUUAAAAGAUAAUUUAAUUCGAGAAUGUCGAAAUUGGCGUCGUGUCUACGGUCAAGCAUUGAAUCAACGUUGUGCAACAGAAAUGAAUAAAAUUCUUGAACAAUUUGAUAAUCUUUCGAAACGCCUUAGUCGACCAAUAAAAGAUUUGGAUGAUGUUCGAGAACAAAUGGCUGCUUUAUCUGAUUUAAGAGCAUCAGAAAUUCAAUUCGAUAUGACUAUUGGACCUAUUGAAGAAUCAUAUGCUUUAUUAAAUCGUUAUGAAUUAUAUUUUAAUGAUGGUAAUGCAGAACGUGUAGAUGCAUUAUCUUAUGGUUUCUCUAAACUAAAAGUACAAAGUCAGCAAGUACAAGAUCAUCUUUUAGAAAUUCAACCAACAUUUAAAAAUGAAUUAAUUAAUGGAGUGGAAAUAUACAAACAAGAUCUGAAUGUAUUUACCAGUGAAUAUGAUACAGCUGGACCAAUGGAACCUGGUAUCAUCCCGCGUGAAGCGUCAGAUCGUUUAAGUUUAUAUCAAGCACGUUUUGAUGAUUUAUGGCGUAAAUAUCAAACUUAUUCAGGUGGUGAAGAAUUAUUCGGUAUACCGAUAACAGAUUAUCCUGAUUUACAAAGAAUACGCAAAGAAUUGAAUUUAUUACAGAAAUUAUAUCAGUUAUAUGAUUCUGUACUGGAUACUGUCAGUGGUUAUUACGAUAUACAAUGGACUGAUGUCGAUAUCGAUUUAAUCAAUCAACAAUUGCUAGACUUCCAAAAUAGAUGUCGAAAAUUACCAAAAGCACUUAAAGAAUGGCAAGCAUAUACAGAGCUUAGCAAAACAAUAGAUGAUUUUAAUGAAACAUGUCCAUUACUUGAAAUGAUGACGAAUAAAGCUAUGGCUACUAGACAUUGGGAAAGAAUAGAAGAAUUAACAAAACAUAAAUUUGAUGUAGAAUCAGACAACUUUCUAUUGCGUAAUAUUAUGGAAGCACCAUUAUUAAAAUAUAAAGAAGAUAUUGAAGAUAUCUGUAUUUCAGCAGUUAAGGAAAAAGAUAUUGAGGCUAAGCUUAAAACUGUUAUGAAUGAUUGGUCAAGUCAAAAUUUUCAAUUCAGCCUCUUCAAAACACGUGGUGAAUUAUUACUCAAAGGUGAUAGUAUCAAUGAAGUUGUUACUCUUAUGGAAGAUUCCUUAAUGCUAUUAGGAUCAUUACUAUCAAAUCGAUAUAAUGCACCAUUUAAACCGAAAAUACAAGAAUGGGUACAAAAAUUGACUACAACUAGUGAAAUUAUUGACAACUGGUUGCAAGUACAAAAUUUAUGGAUUUAUUUAGAAGCUGUAUUUGUUGGUGGCGAUAUAGCUAAACAAUUACCUCAAGAAGCUAAACGUUUUGGAAAUAUCGACAAAAGUUGGCAACGUAUUAUUCAAAGAGCUCAUGAAAUACCAAAUGUAGUUAACUGUUGUACCGGGGAUGAUACAUUAAGUCAACUGUUACCACAUUUAUUAGAACAAUUGGAAUUAUGUCAGAAAUCACUGACGGGUUAUUUAGAAAAAAAACGUCUGAUAUUUCCAAGAUUCUUUUUUGUUUCUGAUCCAGCUCUGUUGGAAAUACUUGGUCAAGCAUCUGAUUCACAUACGAUUCAAGCACAUUUAUUAAAUGUAUUUGAUAAUACUAAAAGUGUUACAUUUGAUGAUAAAGUUUAUGACAAAAUAUUGGCAGUAAAUUCACAAGAAGGUGAAACUAUUCAAUUAGUGAAUCAAGUAAUGGCACAAGGUAAUGUUGAAGUAUGGCUUGGUGAAUUAUUACAAACAUCAAGAAAUUCACUUCAUUCAGUUAUUAGAUCAGCAUAUUUUGCGAUAAAUGAUCAACAAUUUAACUUAUUAGAAUUUGAAAAUUCAUAUCCAGCACAAGUUGGUCUACUUGGUAUACAAAUGUUAUGGACAAGAGAUGCACAAGAAGCAUUAAGACAAGCCAAAAAUGAUCGAAAAAUUAUGAAUACAACAAAUUAUUUCUUUUUAGAAAUAUUAAAUGAACUUAUUGGUGUUACAACACAAGAAUUAUCUAAAAUUGAUCGAACAAAAUAUGAAACAUUAAUUACAAUACAUGUACAUCAAAGAGAUAUUUUCAAUGAUCUUGUUACAAUGCGUGUCAAAUCCCCUAAAGAUUUUGAAUGGUUAAAACAGUCAAGAUUUUAUUUUAAUGAAGAAAAUGAUCAAUGCAUCGUUAGCAUUACUGAUGUAGAUUUUAUUUAUCAAAAUGAAUUUCUAGGUUGUACAGAUCGAUUGGUUAUUACCCCAUUAACUGACAGGUGUUACAUUACUUUAGCUCAAGCACUUGGUAUGUCACUUGGUGGUGCACCAGCUGGACCGGCAGGUACUGGGAAAACAGAAACAACCAAAGAUAUGGGUCGCUGCCUUGGUAAAUAUGUAGUUGUAUUCAAUUGUUCCGAUCAAAUGGAUUAUCGUGGUUUGGGUCGAAUUUAUAAAGGAUUAGCACAAUCUGGUUCGUGGGGUUGUUUUGAUGAAUUCAAUCGAAUUGAACUACCUGUACUGUCUGUGGCAGCGCAACAAAUUGCUAUUGUACUAACAUGUAAAAAAGAAAGAAAACCACAAUUUAUAUUCACUGAUGGUGAUACAGUUGAUAUGGACCCCGAAUUCGGCAUAUUUUUGACUAUGUUUGUUGCUGCUAUGAUUCAUCCUGGUGGAGGUCGUAAUGAUAUACCUCAAAGACUUAAACGUCAAUUCAAUAUAUUCAAUUGUACUCUGCCUAGUAAUGCUUCAAUGGAUAAAGUUUUUGGUUCAUUAGGAUUAGGGCAUUUUUGUAGUGAACGAGGUUUUUCAUCAGAUGUGAUUAAAACAGUUCAAUGUUUAGUUCCAGCGACUAGAAAACUUUGGCAACGUGUUAAAGCGAAAAUGUUACCAACUCCAGCUAAAUUUCACUAUGUAUUUAAUUUACGUGAUGUUAGUCGUAUAUGGCAAGGAAUGUUACGCACAACGUCAGAUGUUAUCACUAAUCCAUCUAUUUUAUUAGCUUUAUGGCAGCAUGAAUGCACUCGAGUCACUGCUGAUCGUUUCACUGAACAUAGUGAUCGUGAAUGGUUUGACAAAACAUUGAAACAAGUCGGAAUUGAAGAAUGUGGCGCUUUAGCAAAUCAAACUGACUGGACAGAUCCUUACUUUGUUGAUUUCUUAAGGGAUGCUGCAGAAGCAACUGGUGAAGAGACAGAUGAUGCAGAUUUUGAAGCACCGAAAAUAUACGAACCAAUCAUAAGUUUAGAACAAUUGAGUAAUCGUUUACAAAUGUUGAUGCAAAUGUACAAUGAAGCAAUACGUGGCAGUAAAUUAGAUUUGGUAUUUUUCAAGGAUGCUAUGAUACAUCUUGUAAAAAUUUCACGUGUAAUCAGAACACCUAAAGGUCAUGCAUUGUUGGUUGGGGUUGGUGGUUCAGGCAAACAAUCGCUUACACGCUUAGCUUCAUUUAUAGCAGGUUAUAAAACUUUUCAGAUAACAUUAAGCCGAUCAUAUAAUGUCUCUAAUCUUAUUGAGGAUUUGAAAUAUCUUUAUCGGACAGCCGGCCACCAAGGUCAAGGGAUAACGUUCUUAUUUACUGAUAAUGAAAUCAAAGAUGAGUCAUUCUUGGAAUAUUUAAAUAAUAUGCUUAGUUCUGGUGAAAUCGCCAACUUAUUUGCUCGGGAUGAAAUGGAUGAAAUUCUACAAGAACUAGUUGGUCCUAUGAAACGUGAAUUUCCACGUCGACCUAUUACUAAUGAAACAUUAGCUGAAUAUUAUUCAAGUAGGAUAACACAAAAUCUACAUGUUGUAUUAUGCUUUUCACCGGUUGGACAAAAGUUUCGUAAUAGAAGUUUGAAGUUCCCUGGUCUUAUUUCCGGUUGCACAAUGGAUUGGUUUCAAAGAUGGCCUAAAGACGCGUUAAUUGCUGUAUCGAAUCAUUUCUUAUCUACUUUUGACAUAGUCUGUACACCCAAUGUGAAAAAAGCUGUAGUACAGACAAUGGGUGUGUUUCAAGAUUUGGUAGCUGAAUCAUGUACUGAUUAUUUUCAACGUUUUCGUCGUCAAACUCAUGUUACACCCAAAUCAUAUCUAUCAUUUAUUAAUGGUUACAUGGAAAUAUAUAAAAUGAAACAUAAUGAAAUUGGUCAAUUAGCUGAACGUAUGAAUACUGGUUUAAAAAAAUUAGUUGAAGCAACUGAAUCAGUAAAUGAAUUAAGUAAAGAAUUAGUUGAAAAAGAAAAAGAACUUGCUAUUGCUAAUAAAAAAUCAGAAGAAGUUCUAACACAAGUAACUGUUCAAGCGACAGCAGCACAAAAAGUUAAAACUCAAGUACAAAUAGUAAAAGAUAAAGCACAAGUACUUGUUGAUGGAAUUAGUGUAGAUAAAGCAUCCGCUGAAAUGAAAUUGGAAGCAGCUAAACCAGCUUUAAUGGAAGCUGAAGCUGCAUUAGAAACAAUUAAACCAACACAUAUUUCUACAGUGAGAAAACUUGGUAGACCACCACAUUUGAUUAUGCGUAUUAUGGAUUGCGUCUUAUUGUUAUUUCAAAAACGAUUGGAUACUGUCACACCGGAUCCCGAACGUCCUUGUCCUAAACCCAGUUGGAAUGAAGCAUUAAAACUUAUGGGUGGUGCAAACUUUUUAAAUGGAUUAUUGAAUUUUCCUAAGGACACAAUCAAUGAAGAAACAGUGGAACUAAUGUUACCUUAUUUCGAAAUGGAUGAUUUUAAUAUGGAACAAGCUAAACGUGUUUGUGGUGAUGUUGCUGGUUUAUGUUCAUGGACGAAGGCUAUGGCUUCAUUUUUUGCUGUUAAUAAAGAAGUUUUACCACUUAAGUCAAUGUUAGCACUACAGGAAAAGAGAUUGGAAGGAGCUUUGUCUGAAUUGGCGGUCGCUCAGGGUCAACUAGAUGAGAAGCAAAGGGAAUUGGAUUUGGUCCAAGCGGAAUAUGAUCGUGCAAUGGCUGACAAACAGAAACUCUUAGAUGAGGCUGACGGAUGUAGAAGAAAAAUGAGUAAUGCUACAGCAUUGAUAGAAGGUCUUGCGGGUGAACGUAUUAGAUGGACAGAAGCAAGUCAAACAUUUGAAGAGCAAAUUAAUCGGCUAGUUGGAGAUGUACUUUUAGCAACUGGAUUUCUUUCAUAUACUGGACCAUUUAAUCAAGACUUUCGUAAUUUACUAAAUCAGAAUUGGCGUCGAGAAUUAGUACAAAAUAAAAUACCAUUUUCUGAUGACAUUAAUUACAUCACAAUGUUGGUGGAUAAUGCGACAUUAAGCGAAUGGAGUGUUCAAGGCUUACCUAAUGAUGAAUUAUCAAUUCAAAAUGGGUUGAUUGUAACACGCGCUAAACGCUACCCAUUGUUAAUUGAUCCUCAAGGUCAAGGCAAAGCAUGGUUAAGACGUAAAGAAGCUGAAAAUGAAUUGCAGAUAACAUCAUUGAAUCACAAAUAUUUUCGAACACACUUGGAAGAUUCACUAUCACUUGGACGUCCAUUACUCAUAGAAGAUGUUGGUGAAGAUCUUGAUCCUGCUUUAGAUAACGUUUUAGAAAAGAAUUUCAUUAAAUCUGGUUCAACAUAUAAAGUGAAAAUUGGUGAUAAAGAAUGUGAUAUAAUGAGUGGAUUUCGUCUAUAUAUUACAACAAAAUUACCAAAUCCAUCAUAUACACCAGAAAUUUAUGCUAAGACAUCAAUCAUUGAUUUCACUGUUACAAUACGUGGCCUUGAAGACCAGCUUCUUGGUUUGGUAAUAUUAACAGAGAAAAAAGAACUAGAGACGGAAAGAACUAAACUCCUUGAAGAUGUGGCAACAAAUCGUCGUAAAAUGAAAGAAUUAGAAGAUAAUCUAUUAUAUCGCUUAACAACCACUGAAGGUAGUUUAGUUGAAGAUGAAUCAUUAAUUGAAAUGCUGAAUGUAACUAAAAUGACAUCGAAUGAAGUGAGAGAAAAGUUAAAUGUAGCAGUUGAUACCGAAGUGAAAAUUAAUGCAGCACGUGAAGAAUAUCGUCCUGUAGCGUCACGUGGUUCAUUAUUAUACUUUUUAAUUGUUGAAAUGAGUAUGGUUAAUGUAAUGUACCAAACAUCAUUACGUCAAUUUCUUGGUUUAUUCGAUAUAUCCAUGGCUAGAUCACAGAAAUCACCACAAAUGCAAAAACGUAUAGCAAAUAUUAUUGAUUAUUUAACAUUUGAAGUGUACCGUUAUACAGCAAGAGGAUUUUAUGAAGUAGACAAGUUUACAUUCACUGUAUUGUUAACCUUAAAAAUUGCAAUGCACAUGAAAGAGGUGAAACCUGAAGAAUUUCAAAUUUUCAUUAAAGGUGGUGCGGCAUUGGAUUUGAAUGCUGUUGCACCGAAACCCAAAAAAUGGAUACAAGAUAUAACAUGGUUAAAUUUAAUUGAAUUAAGUAAAUUAAAUCAAUUCAAUCAGUUGCCAGACCAAGUAACUUCAAGUGAUCGAGUAUGUUAG